UGAUGAUCUCAAGGAUGCCAUUUAUGACGCUGAUGACUUGGUUUACAAGAUCGACACUGAAGCAUGGCGAAACAAACUUGAAGGUGGUGGUCCUCAUGAAUCUCGUAGCGGCUGCACUUGUACUAGUAAGGCACUCAUGAGACUCAUCUCGUCAACUCCUUUAACUACUUUUGAUAAGACCAUAAAACCUGAGAUAGAAGAGACACUUGAGAAAUUGAAGCUUCUCCUAGACAAUAAAGAUCUUGGUUUGGAACGUGUGAAGAAUCAUAAGCUUCCAAAGAGGGUAUGUGCUCCAUCUCUAGAUGAAAAUGAUAUUUAUGGAAGGGACAAUGAGAAAGAAGAGAUUAUUAAGUUGCUUAUGUCGAAUGACAACACGACUGGGGGUGCUGACAAAUUUUCGUGAUUCCCAUAGUUGGAAUGGGUGGUAUUGGAAAGACUACUCUUGCUCAACUUGUUUUCAAGGACAAGAGAGUCAACAAAACGUUCGACACGAAAGAAUGGAUUACAGUGGGGGAUGACAAAGUUGACUGUUUGAAAGUGAUGAAACUGGUUAUCGAGAAGGUAACUUCUAAAAAAUGUAAGAUUGAGGAGCCAUAUGAUCUUCAAGAAGAAGUAAAGAAGGUUCUGAGAGUGAAGAAGUUUUUGUUUGUUGUUGACGAUGUCUGGGAUGAGGAUCCUUCCAAGUGGGAUGUCUUGAACAACUGUUUCAAAUCAGGGUUGCAUGGAAGCAGGAUCAUUGUGACAACUCGGAGUGUAGCUGUUGCAACGAUUAUGAAAACAGGGUCAACUUUUGAACUAGGAAGAAUAAAUGAGGCUGCUAGUUGGCAAUUAUUUGCAAAACAUGCUUCACUUGUUGUGGACUCAAAUGAUUACUUGGAUCUCAAACAAGUUGGGGAAAAAAUAGUGGACAAAUGCAAGGGCCUUCCUUUAGCAAUAACAUCAAUGGGUUGUCUCUUAAGAGGGAGGCAGAAAAAGAAGGAAUGGAACAACAUCCUAAACAGUGAUAUAUGGGAGUUGUAUGAUAGAAAGGAAGUUAAAAUCCUUCCAGCUUUGUGGUUGAGUUAUUUUAAUCUACGCCCAGAAUUGAAGCAAUGUUUCGCUUACUGCUCCCUAUUUCCAAAAGAUUAUCAUUUCAGAAAAGGGGAGAUGGUGUUGUUAUGGAUGGCCGAAGGUCUUUUACAGUCUGCAAAUGAAAAGAGAGUAGAAGAAGUUGGAGAAGAGUAUUUCGAAGAUCUAAUUUCUAUGUCAUUUUUUCAACCAUCAAAUAAGGAUCAAGGGUACCCGACUUUUCUCAUGCAUGAUCUUAUCCAUGAUUUGGCAAUAUUUGUUUCUAGUGAAUUUUGUUUAAUGAUGGAUAAUAGAAGUAAAUGUGCUCACAAGGUUCGUCAUUUUUCAUACAUGCAAAGAUGUGCAAAGACCGAUAACCCGAAGGAAUUUGAGGAUUUAUUUAAAGCUAAAUGCUUGCGCACCAUAUUGUGGGAACAAGAUUUAAGCCAACAGUUAAGGAUGUUAAAGAUUGAGGAGUUGGACAAGUCAUUCCCAGGCUUGAGAGUACUAUCCUUAUAUGAUUAUAGCAUCCCAAGUUUCCUGAUUCAGUCGGCAAUUUGAAGUAUUUAAGAUAUUUGAAGUUAUAUUGUCUUGAGAUUAAAGAGAUACCUAAUACAAUAUGUAAGUUGUAUAAUUUGGAGACACUAUUGUUAGAGUUUACAUGUGUUACUAGAUUACCAACCGAUAUAGGAAAUUUAAUCAAGUUGCGACGUCUUGGUGCUCCCUUCUCAUUAGAAGGGAUGCCAUUGCAAUUGGGGAAGCUACAAAAUCUUCAAACACUGAAUAGAUUUGUUGUGGGAAGAAAUAGUGAUUGUGGUGGUAUUGAAUUGUUGAAAGAGUUUCAAGAUCUACAAAAUGUUGGUAGGCGAAAUUUCAGAUGCUGCAGCACCAUUAGUAAAGAGUAAGAAGUUGCACAAAGAAAGAGAGGUACUCAAUGCCCUCCAGCCUCAUCCAAACUUAAAGAAACUAAAGAUAGAGUACUAUAGUGGCAACAGUUUCCCAAAUUGGAUGGGAGAUGAUCGCUGUUUGUCUAAUUUAGUAAGCCUGACCAUUACAUGGUGUUCUAAUUGCACCUUCUUGCCGUCGUUGGGACAGCUGCCUUCUCUUAAAGAUCUCUUUUCAUUAGUUGUUGUGGUGGGGUGGUGAGAAUAAAUUCCGAGUUUUAUUGUUCAAACAAAGCCUUUAUUCUUUAGAUCUUUGGAGACCUUGGAAUUUUUAAGUUUGGAUAAGCUGGAAGAGUGGUCAUUUAUCGAAGGUGGGGUAUUUCCUCGCCUUAAGAAACUGAGGAUUGAAAGCUGUCAUUAUCUCCGAUGCUUGCCGAAAGAACUACCCGCUUCUCUUUCUGAUCUAUGCAUCCGUACUUGUCCAUUAUUGCUCACAUUCCAAAUAUCACUGUCGAUGGCGAGAAUAUAUAGGUUGUGUUGUGCUGUGUGUUCAAGUUCAACACUCCCAGUCCCAGGUAUAAAUGCUUCUGAGUGAUUUGUAUGUUUGUUGCUGAAGAAUGGAAGAAGUCAGUUACCACCAAAUAAAACGUGAGUUGGAAGAGACACUGGGGAAAUUGAAACUUCUUCUAGACAACAAAGAUCUUGGUUUGGACCGUGUGAAAAAUUAUAAGAAGCCAGAGAGGGUAUGUGAAAAAUUAUGGUAGGAUAUGCGUCUGUGGUCGUUAGGAAACUAUAAAUGAUGGAAGAAUUUUCAACACCAGACUCAACCUCUGUAGUUGACUUCGAUUUUGAUGAAUCUAAGAUUGUUGGCUUACUUGGCACUCGUAUAUGUAUAAGGAGGCGAGAUGGGGCAAGAAGUGUAUUUCCUCCCCGUGAGGGUACCUUUUCCAAGGCUUUAUGUAUGCGCACUGCGCAGUGGCGGACCCAGAAUUUAAAGUGAGGGGGGGCGUAAAUAAAUUUAAAAAGGAAAUAUAAAGUGUAGUUAAUGGGGUUUGAACCUUUACCCUCUAACCUAUUCACCAACUACCUUAACCAUUAUACUAAGGUUACUAUUAUGUCUAUAAAUAUCAUCUUUUAAUACAAAUAUAUGUUGUAACUAAUUAAAAUACAUAUACAUUUUUUUCUCGAUUUUUUUUUUCAGGGGGGCGACUGCCCCCCUCGCUACAAUGUGGGUCCGCCCCUGUGUAUGCGGUAUGGUGGUUCAUCCUCUCAUUUUCACUUAGCCAUUUUAUAAAAAUGCAGUAAAUUAUUAUGAAAUUUUAGUUAGAAAUAUAAUUGAUGAUCACUGCUCAAGUUAAGCCCAAAAAUGUGCAUCGCUUGGAACUGAGCAGCUUCGCCUUCUCAGUCAUGUCUAAAGUUUGAGUAUGGUGUGUGAUUAGAGUGGUGUCAUUAAUUUUACUUUGUAGAAGAGGUUGAUUGAGACCAUUGUUAAUGUUUUGUACUACCAUCCAUUGUUACUUUCUUUUGAAGAAUUGUCUAUACAAAUACAAUUAGUUUUUCUUUCUUGGUUGUAUCCAUUAU